AUGGCCGGGCCAGCACAGCACGCUGCUGCUGCUGUCCCGAACAAAAAGCCAAAGCAGAAGCAAAAGAAUAAGAAUGACAUGAGGAGCCGAAGCAGAAGCAGGAGGAGGCGGGACACCGAAGACUAUGAAGACGACGAUGAAGACGACGAUGAAGACGACGAUGAAGACGAAGAACAACACCAACCAGCCCGACAACGAAGACGAGCCGGCGGAGCGUGCAAUUUCAGAGAUCUGAAUCGUGGGUUCAUGUGUGGGUGUCUGAUGUUCUGGACGCAGGAGGGCUUGGCGUGUACGUGUGGGCAUCAUUUGUGCUUUCAUCGCCGGGUGGGGGUUGAGGAUGAGGAGGAGGAUGGGGAUCGGGAGCAGGAGGAGCAAGAGGUUGGACAGGAGGAUGGCGUGUAUCAUACUAGUACGGAGAGCCAGCUUUCGAAUCGGCUGCAGCGAUUUGAUGGGGAUCUUCGGGUCGCAGGUCAGACGGCGAAGAGAGGGUCCGCGAGAGAGCAGGCGAAGAGUCAAUUGGAAGGGAGCCAGACGGAAAGGCUGCAGAGUCGGCAGGAACAAUAUGCGCCGGCGAGGCAGCAACAGCAACAGCAGCAACAACAAAGUCAGCAAGCCGCGAUGAGGAACAGUCAAUAUGGAUACGGAAUCCCACGCCCGUCGCAGAACGAGCGCUUCUCGCAAUUCAGUCUGCGCGCCUCCAACCUCAGCUCGACCACCGGGCUCCCCCGUAUCCCCAGCGCCUGUCUACUGCCAGAACCUUCCGCCAACACGCCCCAGCUAGACAACGACACGGCGCCCAUAUCGGACUCGCAGUACCUGAGAGCAAGAAAGACGUUUGCGCAUCCGGCCGGCCUCGGCUUGUCGUUUGGUCCGAAUGGCCACAAUCGAGGCCAGAGGGAAGAGUCGCUCCCGUCAACGAUCCAGAUGGCGGCGCCGAGCGAGAGCGACUUUACGCCGCUCCAGACACGCACACGCACACGAACAAGCCCGUCUGCCGGUCUGCGUCCCACACGUGCCAGUCCGUCCCGCGCGCUCAUGCAUGGCGUUCUCCACGCUCGACGGAGGCUGCCUACCAUCUCUGUGCCGGACGAACCACGUGGGAACGUCGAUCCGGAAGACCUCGCGGGCAGUGCCACGGAAGUUGCUACUCCGAGCAAUGACAACACGCCCGAGCUGCGCCAGAUUGAACAGACCGUCUUGGAGGCGAAGAGCAUGGCCGAUCUCCUGUCGAGGACGCUCGCGGACCGUGAAUUGGCGCUUCCUGGCCCGUCGUCAAACUCGACUGCACAUUCUGUUGCGAGCGUCUUGCAGAAACUGGGCAUACAUCUAAAUUCCAUCCAGGGACAUCUCACCUCGUACCCGAGCGUCUCGGCGUCCCUGCGGACUCUGGCUGAUCGGAUCGACAAUCUGGAGAAUCUCUCGUUUUCCAAUGUCCAGGCAGAGGAGGUCACGGAGAGGUUUGAGUUUCUCGAGGGCCGUCUGCUGGAGCUCGAGAGCUGGAAGGAGGAUCACGAUAAGAUACACACUGUCAUGGAUAGCCACGACUCGCACGGUGAGGAAUAUGGCAGAUCGGGCGGGCUAUAUGCUAAGAUGGAGGAUAUUGAGGGCAUCAACGAACGGCUUGAUGUGCUCGAGGCCAGUGUACCCACCCAUGCAGAUCCAUGGGAGGUCGAGGUUGUGUUUCUGCCCUGGGGGCGAGAUCUCCGUGGUAUCUGGUACUCCCCUGAAGACGCCCUAGAGAUGAAGCAGACUCCCCAGGACACGGAAGAGUGGACGCAGGCGCGCAGCAACGCGUCAUCGUCGCGUCUGUCGAGCAAUGACCCGCGCUCGUCCUUCAGUGGCUGGAGCGAGCAAGACAUACACGGCUGGGCCGACAAUACAGAUGACUGGCUGUCGCCAAAGGCCUGCGGCCCGAAGAACGUCGUCUACCGACGGCUCCAGAGUCGAGGCUUCGUCCGCAACGUGCAAAUCACCGGCUCCAACGCCGAAGACAUCCAGCUCGCCAUCGGCAAAUGCUUCGAGUCCGUCCCCCACGACCACGGGCUCGCCUCGUCCUUUACCUCCCAAGACGCCGACCACAUGCUCAGCCGCGUGCCCGGCCUCCGCGCCUCCUUUCUCCCCCUGCGCAAAGUCCUCUCGUCCUCAAGACUCCGCUUCCUCGGCCGGCAGGAAAUGGCCACGUCGGCGCUAUGGACAGCACAGUUCCUGGCCUCGGGCAUCAUCAUGCGCGUCUCCGGCGGCACGCGUCGUCUGUUCGUCACUCACCGCGACGCCUACAUGCAGCAGAGCUCCAAGGACACCCCUUGGACAUGGAAGCAGAUCCGCGAACUGCCACGCUUCGAGCCAGGCCUGGACGUGCAGAUGAAUGACGGGCCGGCGCAAGUCGUCGUCGUCGAGUCUGACGCGGACGAGCCGUGCUGGCGGUAUGUGCCCAAGCUCGACCAGCUCCCCAGCGCCUCGUCGUCCUUUUCGUCCUUUUUCCAGGCUGAGUCCGCGCCGGCAAGUCAGAUCGUUGCUGCUCAUUCUCGGUCCUCUCCGCUGCCUAGGGAGCAAGCGCAUGGUUCCAGUCUGCUACGAACGGGGAAGUCAGCUAGUCAGCCGCAGCAGCGCCCCCUAGGUCCGAGUCUAUCCUCGCGCUUCUCCGAGACCCGACAACAUCAACAACAAGAAGAGACCCUUCCAAGACGCCGCUCGCACAGCCAGCAGCGCCGCCACACCGCCGGAUCCCCAUCCCUCGUAGACUCCGCCUUUGCAACGGCAGCAACAACAACGCCCAAACGCCCCGCCUCGCGCCAGUCUCUAGUCCCGAAACGCCGCUUUCAAUCUGCUUCUGCCGCCGCUGGGCCCUCACAAUCUCCAUCCCACCGCCAAAUCCACAUCCACUACCCACGCCCGCCGCCCUCCUUACUCUCCUCAUCUUCCUCCUCCUCCUCCUCCGCCUUCUCCUCCCCGUCCUCCCGCAUCAACAACAACACCACAACCACCACCACAUCCAAAAAACACCCCAAGCGCCGCCGCAUCUCCUCCCCAUCCUCCCCGCUCCCAUCCUCUCCUCCCCCUGUCCCCGCGCCCACCACCACCACCACCGCCCACGCACGCACACGCACACGUACAUCUACCCCAAGCUCCAAAUCGAGUGCGAAGGACAGCAAUUCGCCGUUUUUCGAGCACAGCAACAAUAACGCCAUCACCAGCACAAACAAUAACACAGUCGCCGCAACAACAGCACAAGCGGCCAAACGCGCAUAUCCGCAAUAUGCCUAUGCGACGCCGUAUAGUGGGCCCGUGCUUGUUGGUGCGGGUAUGACGGAUUUGGGCACGGAUGAUGAUGGGGAUGGGGAUGGGGAUACGGUUGCUGAUGGGGAGGGGGAGGGCGAGGGGGAGGAUGAUGGGGAGAGUUGGCAUGGUGUUGAUGAGGAGGAUGGUGGUGGUGGUGGUGGGGAUAGGGUUAUGCGGGAUAGUUUUUUGGAUGAGGGGGAUGCGGGUGGGGUGUUUGGGGAUGGGGAUGAGGAUAUGCGUGGUACGACUGAUGAUGAUGAUGAUGAUUGUGAUGAUGACUGA